AUGGUACUGCCGGCUGGCGUCAAGUUCAAUCCCAAGGAUCAGGAGCUGAUCGAGCACCUUGAGGCCAAAGUGAGUGUUGACAGCAUGAGAUCUCACCCUCUCAUCGAUUUGUUCAUACCAACCAUCGACAGCGAGAACGGCAUAUGCUACACCCAUCCUGAGAAACUUCCAGUUAAGACACUGAUCGGUAUCACACUGAGUGGCCUAAGCAAGCAUUUCUACCAGCGCAAUUCCAGGGCAUUCAAAAGGGGCACAUGGAUGCGUCACAAGAUACAGUCGGAGUGCGGCAUGCACGCGAUGUGGCACAACACCGGAAAUACCUUGCCGGUGAUGGUCAACGGCCGGCAGACGGGCAGCAAAAAGGUUCUGGUCCUGCACACCAACAAGAACUUCGACCAGCAGAAGACCAAAUGGGUGAUGCACCAGUACCACCUCGGAGACCUGGAGCAAGAGAAGGAGCGGGAGCUGGUCCUCUGCAAGAUUUUCUAC